AUGGUAUGUACCCUGGACCUGAUCGAGGCUGGGAUGAAGACCGUUGCCACCCCUUUAUGCUAGGCCCUGGUCUACAUGAUGAACAACCCAGAGAUACAGGGGGAGUCCAGGAUGAGGAUAAACAGAGUGAUAGGCCAGUCCCGCCAGCCCAACAUGUCUGACAGACCCAACAUGUCCUACACUGACACUGUCAUCCAUGAGACACAGAGGAUGGACAACAUUGUGCCACUGGGUUUCCCCAAGAUGGCUAGCAAAGACGCAACACUGGGGGGAUACUUCGUACCCAAGGGAACAGUGUUGAUGCAAGUUCUGACCUCGGUGCUGUUUGAAGAACACUUCCUGCACCAGGUCGUCAAGUUUGUCCAGAGGGAAGCGUUCUUGCCCUUCUCUGCAGGUUAAAUUGUGUGGCUUGGGGAGGGUCUGGUCAGGAUAGAGCUCUUCCUGUUUUUGAUCAGUUCAUUCCAGAAGUUCAGUUUCUCCACGUUGGAGGGGGUGGAGCUGAGUCUAGAGUGAAACGUGGGAACUAUGAUUUUGCCCCUCCCUUUCAAGAUUGACUGUAUGUCAAGGCUCGUUAGAACGCUUAGAUAG